CGAGUUUCCAUAUCAGCUGCCUACUUCUCUAUUCAAUUGCACCACUAUAGAGAAAUUGGUACUGAUCAACUGCAGCGUGCUCGUCUAUCUCCAACUGUGUCUUUGGGUUGUAAGAAUUUGAAAACAGUCCAACUCAGCAACACUACCAUCUACAUUGGAACAAUCGAAUGUCUACUCUCUCAAUGCAGUAGUUUGGAUAGCUUAACAUUAGAUGAUUGCACAUUUGAGGAGGAACCUCUUCUUCACAUCAUUGCUCCCCACCUAAAAUGCUUGACGGUGUCUUACAUCCAUGCCGUCGGAUUGAAGCGCGUCCGUAUUGAUGCACCACUUCUCAAUAGCCUCAAGUUGGGCGAUUCGGUUUUACGAUACGAGUUUGAAAUUCAUGUACCAAAGCUCGAGACGUUCGAGUGUCACAUACAACAUCAAUUGAUGCCGACUACCGAUAAAUAUGAAAUUCUCAAAGUAAAAGGCGGGAAGAUAAUCACCCUUUUAAGGAGCGUCUCGCAUGUUAAGGUUAUUCAACUAUCUGGAUUUACUGCGAUGUACUUGUGUUGGGCUACAGGACACAUGAACUUUCCUUCUUUCGUGGAUUCGAAGAAGCUGAUAAUACAAGUGGAUUUGAGCCAGAGAAUGGGCGUUUGUCUCCUUUCAAAAUUGCUCCAGAAUUUCCCAAGCUUAGAGGAACUAGAAUUUUGGAGUCACAACAAUGCAACCAUCACCAGAAGUGCUUAUAUGAAGAAGGUAUCAUUCAACUCAUGUUAUUGGGAGAAGCAAAGAAAGCACUUCCACUUUCUCAACUCUACAUUGAAGAGAGUCGUGAUUGAAGAUCUCAAAGGAGAUAUAUUUAACUUCUAUUUCUCUAAAUUUCUCAUCGGGAGUGCGAAAGUGCUUGAACACAUGACAGUAAGAUAUUCAUGUUUGGCCGCCCGAAACGCCCUGAAAAGACAAUUCUCACUCGGCGAUGUGGCUUCUAGUGAUGUAGAGCUAUCUAUUUUUGUGAAGAAAUCUGAAGGAUGAAAUGAGCAUUGUUCUUUGAAUUUCUUGCUGCAUUUGUUAGUGAAAACCAUCUUUCAACUGGUGGUCACAAACUCUCAGUCUGCAUUGAAGAAUUGUGAUCAUUUUCCUUAUUUUUUAUGUAUAUACAUUGUAUUAUUUCACAAUCAAUCAAUGAAUGUUCUCUUCUUCUCAUGUUUUGUGAUGUUUGCUAAGUCCAUAUUGCUAUCAAGCAUGAUUAAA